CUCUCCGCUUGUCCUGCCGGAGGUGGCGUGCGUCUCGUUUUCGUCGAGUCUCGUAAACUUCAAGACACCCCUGCCCUGCCUAUUGACUGCAGUCCACGAGGCUUGCAUAUCGACCACACUCUGUUUGACACCUGCCCCCCUCUCGUUCUUCUGGAUAUACCUAUAUCUAUAUUAUCCGCACUCAUGGCUCCCACCGGUUACACCGACCGUGAUGGCCACCUAGAGGCUGGACUACUCAAGAGCACCGAAGGAGAGAAGCAGACUGGAUACCGGGACUAUUCGCCACCUGCGUUGAAGAGCAAGAGCAAGAGCAACAAGAUGAUUUACUUUAGGCGGGCGCUGCUCGUCAUUGUCAUGGGCUUCGUCCUUGGCUUGGGCGUUGCCACCGCUCGGCCGAGUUUCAUCAACUGCCAGAGACACCACGACAACUCCAAGAUGGCCAUGGCCAAGGCUCACGGCUCCAACGGGGAGCUGGCCGAGGCGCUUCAGAAGGCCUCUCCUGAUCUCCUCCACCGGCUGCUGCAUGCCUAUCUCCCUGAGAGAUACCAGCAUGGAGUGUUUGCCACUGACAAGGAUGCUAUCGAUGCCAUCAGCGAGAGGGAUCCUUCUGUUGCCUCUGCCAUCGUUCAGAUUGCCAAGAGACAGGAUAAUGGGCCAAGCAAUAACAAUUCUACUACCACUGCUGGACCGUCCAGCACGGCUCCUGGUUCCACGAGUUUACCUGCGCAGUCAACAACGGACGCACAAUCCUCAACUGCUACCGGCGCUGGAUCGACCACUGCUUCUGAAACUAGCUCAAGCGAGGCAUCUAGCUCUACUGCUGAGUCCACUACCGCAGAUUCGUCAUCCUCUGCUCCUGCGUCCACCACCGCAGGAUCAACUACUGCUUCGGAACAAUCCACCAGCGCAUCGCCCUCUAGCACCCCAAGCUCGGCCCCUGCUUCAACUACUUCUGCUCCUGCAACUUCUGGUACGUCUACCACGGAAGAAGAGACCACUACGGCUGCUUCCUCCUCUCCCACUACUGCUCCGGCGUCCACCAGCUCCUCUGGUAGGUUGUCGUCAACCAUUACUUCGUCUGUUGCUUCGUCUGAGGCAACAACCACCUUUGACUCUUCCUCCCCUUCCUCUUUAUCCUCUUCCUUUCCUACAUCGACUUCACCGAACUCGGCGACCGCGGCAGAAACCACUACUGGUAUGUCAGAUUUUCGCACUGUCACUUUGACAUUGUCGAGAUAGGCGUCUCAGCGUUGGUAGUAGUCUUGGAUCAUUUGCUGGAUGUGAAAACAACUGUCACCAGUCUGGAUUUCAAGUGCUUCGAGAUUUGUUACAUGGACCUGAAAAUUAGUCCUUGCCUGUUUUUUUUUUCUCUUUUCUUUUUACUCGAGUCGUAAAUUCAUUCAGGGGUAAUAUAGGAAAAAUGGCUAACAAUCUCC